GAAAGCGAACACUUGAAUCUUUUGAAGCUCUCUCUGCUUCCAAGAAAAGAGAGAAAUAUCAAUCGCACAUUCACUGACAGGCCGUUGGCGAGCGCCUCCAAGCGCUGCAACGCCGUGUGUGUUAUAUAAUUCCUGAGUCCUCCCCGGGGGAGGAGCGGCCUUGGCGAUGGCCGUUCCCCCUUCCUCCGCCGCCGCCCCUCGCCGUGCAGUCCCGCCGGCCAUGGGCGAGCGCCGGGGGCCGGCGGUGCCGGAGGAGACGGCGGGCCCGGAGCGGAGCUCGAAGUCGAGUGCUGCUGAAAAUGGCUCUGACCUCGAUGAAGAGCCUCUACUCAGAAAAAAUCACCGCCGGUUUGUCAUCUUCCCCAUCCAGUACCCCGACAUAUGGAAGAUGUAUAAGCAGGCUCAGGCCUCCUUUUGGACAGCAGAAGAGGUUGAUUUGUCAAAGGACCUUCCUCACUGGAACAAGCUGAAAGCAGAUGAAAAAUACUUUAUCUCUCACGUUCUGGCGUUUUUUGCAGCCAGUGAUGGAAUUGUAAAUGAAAACCUGGUGGCACGUUUUAGUCAGGAGGUGCAGAUCCCAGAAGCUCGUUGUUUCUAUGGCUUUCAGAUUCUCAUUGAGAAUGUUCACUCAGAGAUGUACAGCUUGCUCAUAGACACCUACAUCAAAGAUCCCAAGAAAAGGGAUUUCUUAUUUAAUGCUAUUGAAACAAUGCCUUGUGUUAAGAAGAAAGCAGACUGGGCUUUGAAGUGGAUUGAAGACCGAGAAUCCACUUUUGGUGAGAGAGUGGUCGCCUUUGCUGCAGUAGAAGGCAUCUUCUUUUCGGGUUCCUUUGCUGCUAUAUUUUGGCUGAAGAAGAGGGGCCUGAUGCCUGGAUUGACUUUCUCCAACGAACUUAUUAGCAGAGAUGAGGGUUUGCACUGUGAUUUUGCUUGUCUAAUGUUCCAUUAUUUAGUGAACAAACCAUCAGAAGAGCGAGUCCGUGAGAUCAUCGUUAAUGCUGUAGAAAUUGAGCAGGAGUUUCUAACUGAGGCAUUACCCGUGGGUCUGAUUGGAAUGAAUUGCACACUGAUGAAACGAUACAUUGAAUUUGUUGCAGACCGGUUACUAAUGGAGCUUGGGUUCUCAAAGGUCUUUAAUGCAGAAAAUCCUUUUGAUUUCAUGGAGAAUAUUUCUCUGGAAGGAAAAACAAAUUUCUUUGAGAAGCGGGUUUCAGAAUAUCAACGUUUUGCUGUUAUGGCAGAAACAAUGGACAAUGUCUUCACUCUGGAUGCAGAUUUUUGACAACCUGGCAAAUGAAUGGUGACUGUUUCCCUCUCCUCAUCUCCCUUUAUGCUGGGAAGUUGACUUAAUUUCCUCUUAUGGAAAUCAGAGUCUACUGGGAUAUUUUUCCUAGAUUUUCAUGUUGUUUGUCAGAGGGGUAAAUAUAUUUCUCUCUGUGGUAUUUGACGAAAAAAAGGGGGAUCAUUUGUAAAAGAUUUAUAUGGCUUUGUAAAAGGAUGGCCUUUUUAAGAUUCCCUUGACUCAUCCGCUGUCAAUGCUGUCUUUAAAGAUGACAUGGAUGCUACUACUUUUUAAAGACUUCAGUAGUGUUUUAAGAAAACAAACUGCAUAUUUACCUCAUGUUGUGGUAUUUUAAUCUGAAAACCAGAUAAGGUAUCACUCCAUGUAAAAACAUUGCUACAAAUUAUUUUCCUGUCUUCUGUUUUCAUGUUUAUAGAUUUGGCCUACAGUAAAGUCUCUUCUGUUUUAUCCUAUUGCAGAUACAGUAGUAAUUGAAUGUGGGAAGACCUUAAUGAAAUCUGAACUAUGGAAUAGUAUUAAACUCAGGAAUUAAGUGUAAUCUCCCCUGGGUUCUGUCUGAAAAAAAUGUUACUCUGCUUGGAAAACUGAUGGGUCUUGGUAGGCAUUUAAUUCAAAUACAUGUGAAAGAAUCACAGCUUUACAGCUGUUACUGAAUAGGUCAGUGGACUUUGAAUGGUCCUUGAAAAGGCACACCUGUUAACAGUGGAGAAAAACCAUAUCCUGUAGUUCUUUGGCUUGUGCUGCCUGUUUUUCCUUGCUUCACUGAUCAAGUGCCUUAUUAAGCAGUCUGUACUCGUGUGUGUUAUCAUCUGACACUGAAACAGCCAGCUCUGGGUGUUGUCCAUCUCCCCCUGUCAUGCUGGGCUGUUUGAUAUUCUCCCCUUCCUGGUUGCACCUGUGGAUGGAAGGGGUGAGAAGACGUUAUUCCAAGGGCUUGUUCCUUGAGAUGCUACAAAUAGACUACUUGGGCUGUAAGGAAGCACCCAAUAACAUAUGAAGGUACAUCAAGUUGUGUUUGAUGCCAAGCAUUGGAACUAUUGUCACAGAAAAGCUUCUGAAAGAAGGUAUUUAACAUUUCAAAAACAAACCCAGAAGCAGUAUGGACUAGCAGCAUCUUACAAAGAUGGUUUUUGAUUGUCUACCUGAAAACUGUGAUUUUUUUGAUACCACACACAGAGAAUGGAGUGAUUGAAGAGUGGCUAAUGUACUGCAGUGGUACUUGGGGUGGAAGGGAUGCUAUUCAGCUAUUGGUUUAUUUGCAAAUAGAUAGGCUCUUUUUUUUCCAAGAUGAAGUGAGUGUACCAGAGCUAGACAAAGGGUUUUGCUUUAUUAAACCCAAGCAUUUUUCACAAUGUUCAGCAUUUUGUGAAAGAGCUUUUGUAAGUCUUACUGUUGCAAACAUCUUGUGCUGCUUUUGGUACACCCGCCAUGAGCCAAACUGACAGCCCAGGGUUAUCAGUGAUGGGGUGGUGUAAAUGUUAUUUCCCUGCCAGCCCAGAUCAGCCCAGAUAGUCCUGAGUACUGGAAUUCCAUGAAAAAGGUCCACUGCCUUAGCAUAGUUCCUAGUGGACAACUGUCCAUGCUGUAAAAAUAAGCAGCAAAAUCGACUCUGUUCUUUUAGUCUCUGUAGAAGAUCAGUAUGUACUGAGCAUGGAAAUGGAACAGCUUUUUUUUUCCUAGAGAAGAGCCUACAUAAUUUGACAUAAGGCUCUUGGAAGAGGGCAGAGGGGAACGUUGAGAAUACAGAGAAAAGCUGGAGCUGGUGGCCCUCACUAACAUCCUGGAGCUGGAAGAGAACUGAACUCAAAGGGAAAACCCAGUGCCUUUUGGAAAUACUGAGUUGAUAGGAGAGAAAGAGAAAAAUAUUGUAAAUGGGUCUUUUGUUGGAACCUAUUAUACUACUGAAAGUACUGAAAAGCAUUUAUUUUGAGUCUUGUGAGUUAUGAUGAGAGUAUAGAGAGUAUUCUAAUGUGAAACUGCAAUGUGCUCAGGUUCUGUAAAUGUAUAUGAGAUACCAAAGUCUGGUACAACAGCUCCCACUCAAUUUGUGUGUAAAAUAUGUGUGUAGUUUCAAUAAAAUUUGAGUGUGGGGAAGCCAAUGCCUUCAUUUACGA